UUCAGACUAAUGGAAUAGCCUCGCAGGUUCCGGAGGAGGGUCGCUAUGUGCGGAUCUGUCAGAGAUACAAAAAUAAGUAUCAUUAUGCGACUCUGUAUGACACCACUGAGAAGAUUCCUGUAUAUUCUGCAUAUCAGUACAAACGGACAGCAGACUGUACAUUAAAAAGGCCUGACAUAACAUAGAUGAUCGAACCUCAGCUUGAGGACAUCACAAACAGUAAGGAGAUGGAUUUGCAACGGUGGAUGAAAGUAAAUAAACAGGCCUACAACUCACAGUACGACAACUCCAGGUACGAUAAAGGUCAUCUGUUUCCUUUCUGCCACACGAACUCUGAUGAAGCUGCAGUCAGCACCUUCACGCUCACCAACGCCGCACCUCAGAGAUGUGACUUCAAUAAGAUGUGGUACAGCAAAGUGGAAAACACUGUGAGAACAAAGUUAGCAAACUGCCUGACUGCUUCAAAAAGAGCAUAUGUAGUAACAGGAGUUGUGCCGAGCAGCGGGUCAGAGUAUAAGACUCUGAAGGACAACAACGUGAACGUGCCAAGUUUCUUCUGGACGGCGUACCGCUGUUGUGAUAAUAAUAAUAGAAACUGUGACUUUGCUGGAUACACGAUGCACAGAGAAGAGGAUGAACCUAAAGGCUACACAGACAUGAGUGAAUUUAAUUCUAAACUGAGUACAUUUUACAAGAAAACAUUUAAACUGUUUACAGAUGCAGCUUUGAAUUUAAAACGACCACGAGAGUGA